AUGGUAUGGCAAGCAAAUCCUAAUUUAGAUGUUCUAGAUCGUCAAAGUUGGCUUUUCACGGGUAUUCUACCGCUUUAUUACCUUAGUCCACCAUCAUUUUGUUUUGAUAUAACCUGUUCUGAUCAACCGAUAAUGAAUGAUAAAAAUUUGCAUGACUAUAAUGUACUUGAACAUGUUGAAACAUUCAUCGGAACGGCAUUAGCUCAACAGAAAAAAAAAUGGUCAACAAAAACUGAUGAUUUCUUUCCAUAUGCCAGUACUCCAUAUGUAUACUGGACAGGUUAUUAUACUUCAAGACCAGCAUUAAAACGUUAUGAACGUUAUGCUAAUAAUAUUCUACAAGUAACUCGUCAACUAAAUGGAUUUUCACAAUCAAAUCUACGGAACUCCAUUUUCGAUUUGAGUGAAGCAAUGGGACUUGCUCAACAUCAUGAUGCAGUUAGUGGAACAUCAAAGCAACAUGUAGCUAAUGAUUAUGCUCAACGACUCUCUGAUAGUAUCGAUCGAGCAAUAGAAGUGAUCAAUGAUGCCUAUGGAAAACUAUUGUCUAAAGAAAAUCGAACGACACCAAUACCUAACCAAUUUCUUUGUCAUUAUUCGAAUAUUAGUGCAUGCCUUCCAAUUGAAGAACAAAAACAAUAUCUUAUGAUUCCAGAUACAACGAAAAACAUUCCUGGUCGAAUGAGUUCUGCUCAAAAUCAAUAUCUAUUUCCAACAUCAUUGCCAACACUUAGUUACAGUACCUAUUAUUUUGAAGAAAAAGGCUAUUCUCAUGCUAAUAAUACUCCAUUUUCGCCAGCAUCAGGUGCUUACAUAUUUCGACCGUUGUUUCCAGAGGCAUUACCAGUGAGUGUUGCGCGUCGCAUAAACUGUACGAAAACAGACACCGUACAAAGCGCCUUGAUUAUUUUCAAUGAAUGGACUAGUCAAGAAUUCAAUCUCUAUCGUAAUACAUCCGCAAUUGAAAUUGAAUGGAUAGUUGGACCGAUUCCAAUAGAUGAUAAUAUCGGUAAAGAGAUUAUUAUUCGUUACAAUACUGAUAUUAAUAGUGAAAAGAAAUAUUAUACUGAUGGUAAUGAAUGUCAAGUUCUUGAACGUAUUCGUGAUUAUCGACCAACAUGGCAUUAUAUACCUGAUGAUCCCAUUAGUAGCAAUUAUUAUCCAAUUAAUAGUCGUAUUUGGAUUCGAGAUCAAGACCGACAAUUAACCAUUCUUACUGAUCGAUCCCAAGGUGGAGGAAGUAUCUGUGAUGGAUCANUUACUCGAAAAGGGGUUCAAUAUAUUCUCGAUUCAGUUGUGCAGGCAUUAGUGGAUAAUUUCGAUCGUCGAUUUAUCUAUGUUGAAAUGGCUUUCAUUUGGCGUUGGUGGAAUCAACAAUCGGACGAUAUGCGUGAAAAAGUCAAGCGAUUAGUCAAUGAAGAUUGUCAAAGUUGGCUUUUCACGGGUACUCUACCGCUUUAUUACCUUAGUCCACCAUCAUUUUGUUUUGAUAUAACCUGUUCUGAUCAAUCAAUAAUGGAUGAUAAAAAUUUGCAUGACUAUAAUGUACUUGAACGUGUUGAAACAUUCAUCGGAGCGGCAAUAGCUCAAACUGAAGUCUACGCCACCAACCAUAUCAUCAUGACAAUGGGUAGUGAUUUUUUUGAUCAGAAUGCUCAUGAAGACUUCAAAAAUUUAGACAAAUUAAUUCAUUAUGUUAAUCUUCAGCAAGAGAAUGGUAGUGGCAUUAACGUCUUUUAUUCAACACCAUCAUGCUAUUUAUAUGUCUUGAGUAAAGCAGAAAAAAAAUGGUCAACAAAAACUGAUGAUUUCUUUCCAUAUGCCAGUACUCCAUCUGUAUACUGGACAGGUUAUUAUACUUCAAGAUCAGUAUUAAAACGUUAUGAACGUUAUGCUAAUAAUAUUCUGCAAGUAACUCGUCAACAAAAUGGAUUUUCACAAUCAAAUCUACGGAACCCGAUUUUCGAUUUGAGUGAAGCAAUGGGACUUGCUCAACAUCAUGAUUCAGUUAGUGGAACAUCAAAGCAACAUGUAGCUAAUUAUUAUGCUCAACGACUCUCCGAUGGUAUCGAUCGAGCAAUAGAAGUGAUCAAUGAUGCCUAUGGAAAACUAUUGUCUAAAGAAAAUCGAACGAUACCAAUACCUAACCAAUUUCUCUGUCAUUAUUCGAAUAUUCGUGCAUGUCUUCCAAUUGAAGAACAAAAACAAUUCACAUUGACAUUUUGGAAUUCAACUAUUCAUCCAGUAACAAUUUAUUAUCGUGUACCCGUGACUAGACAAUAUUUUAUUUAUGAUCCAAUAGGAAAUCUUGUUUCAGCAGAGUAUCUUAUGAUUCCAGACACAACGAAAAACAUUCCUGGUCGAAUGAAUGAUAAUAUCGGUAAAGAGAUUAUUAUUCGUUACAAUACUGAUAUUAAUAGUGAAAAGAAAUAUUAUACUGAUGGUAAUGAACGUCAGGUUCUUGAACGUAUUCGUGAUUAUCGACCAACAUGGCAUUAUAUACCUGAUGAUCCCAUUAGUAGCAAUUAUUAUCCAAUUAAUAGUCGUAUUUGGAUUCGAGAUCAAGACCGACAAUUAA